AUGAAAAUGGAAGUGGGAUUUUCAGUAAUGUGGAUGAUUUUAUUAUGCCAGGUUUUAUGUUGUAGCAUUAUGAUAAUGAGCUAUAACCAUGGCAUCGCCGAAGCAGCAGAGACAUUAAAAAAUGUUGAAGAUUUGGAAAUAGAGCAAAAACUUAAGCUUAUCAACAAACCUGCUGUCAAAAUCAUCAAGUCUAUAUACGGUGAACGGUAUGGCUGCGUGGAUUUCUACAAACAACCAGGAUUUGACCACCCAUCCAUGAAGAAUCACACAUUUCACCACAAGAUGCGUAUGAUGUCAUACCCUAAUGGAUCAAGAUUGCAAAGAGAGACCUCUAGUAACAAAACCUUUGGCCACUUUUGGGAGAAUGGUAUAGGUUGUCCUAUUGGGACGGUCCCUAUAGUUAGAGUCACCAAAAACGAUUUUUUGAGAUCGAAAUUACUCAGUGGCGACAAUUCGUGGAAUAAUACUUAUGAACCUAUGUCUCCCGGCAGUGGUUAUAACUUUGCUGUGACGCAUACUAAAGGAGCAGGAAGGAUUUACAAUGGAGGGUCCAUGAAUGUUGCUAUAUGGACCCCUCCGGUUCAACCGAAUCAACGUAGCUCUGCUCGAUUGAAGGUUCAGAUUGGAAAUGAAUUCAUCGAAGCCGGUUGGACCGUACACCCGGGCUUGUACGGCGACGCCAAAUCUCGACUAUUCGUAUUUACAAACGCUGGAGGACAUGCGUGUUAUAAUUUCAGAUGCCCGUCCGGAAUGAUACUGGUCCGUCAAGAUUUUUCUCCUGGUUUACCUCUCGCGGGUAAAUAUGUUGAUAUUUACAUCGACAUACUCAAGGACAAAAUCAACGGGCAGUGGUGGCUGUACGUGGCCGGAGAACAAGUUGGUUUCUGGCCAUCGGACAGGUUCAAAGAGAGCUCAGGGACGAUGGUAGAAUGGGGAGGUGCAGUCUACAGUCCUCCUCCAACUCCAAGUCCUCCGAUGGGUAACGGCCAUUAUCCGGUGGGAAACCCUAAAAUAGACUCAUAUAUCCGUAAGAUCUCGAUCGUCGACGCAAACUAUAAUACUGAUCAUACUGUGAAGAACACGAAGAGUCAUUCAAGCAACAGUCAUGGCUAUCAAGUGCGAGACGCGGAGGAGACAUGGUGGACUAAUACAGGUCAUCUUGUUAUUUAUGGAGGCCCCGGAAAAGUUUAGAGACAAUAUGUUAUACAAUCUGCUCAGUAGUCUACAUGCAUGCUGUCAUGUGUGUGGUAAAAUAAUAAUAAUAUCAUGUACUGAUCAAACUUG